UAUGUAGAUUCUACUCUCCUAACCUCAUGGCCCUGGCCUCCAGUCAAGUUGGAGAAGAUUCCCUGUCGCACCAGCCAGACCUGGCCAUCGGGGUCCACCUGAUGGACAGGUAUACAUUCUACCUGUUGGAGUUUCUAGAGGAUAUUCACCCUGCUAGCACCGCUAACAUGAAUGAUCUGUUUAAGGUGUGUCCUAAGAGUCAGUGUGUGUCCACUCCGGGCCACCGUACAGACCUUUUCCUCCGGGACCCCGGUAACGUCCUCAUCACCGACUUCUUUGGCAGUGUCCGCAAAGUAGAGAUCACCAUGGAAACCAUCAACCUGACAGCUCCCAUGGUGCAUCUGGCUGUGGAAAGGUAAGAUUUCCUGUUGUUG